AUGACCAGGGUAGGAAAUAGUCUAUUAUUUGUGACGCACGAUGACCUAGUAUAUAGUGUGGGACAUAACUAUUACUACUAUGAGCCGGGACAUAAACAUGAAACAGAUACACCUACAUUGAUCCCGGAGUUGUGUCAAAAAAGUAUCCAGCAAUUUAUCAAUGGAUAUAACUGUUUGUUUGCAAUCACUAACGAAAAGCACGUAUACAGUUGGGGCGCCAAUGAUAAGGGACAGGUGGGCCGAGAACUUAUGUGGACCGCGUAUCAAAUUAGAAUUCUCAAAAAAAUGCUCAUCGCGGCCCCAAUAAAACACCCUGCCCACAUCGGUGAUGGCGUACGAUGCAAAAUCGAAACAAUAUUCCAGCCCCACCCGUACACCUGGCCAUCGGUGGUGAGGUUGUCACAUACAAGUUCUCGGCCCACCUGUCCCUUAUCAUUGGCGCCCCAACUGUAUACGUGCUUUUCACGGGACGCACUGUAUGUGACAUACGAUGACUUAGUGUAUGGCAUUGGCUGUAAUAGUAACGGGUGUCUGGGUUUGGGUCAUAACCAACUCGUUGUCGGAACCCCUCAACCCAUACCAGAGUUGUGUCACCAGAGAAUCCAACAGUUUAUUAAUGGCGAGGACUUUGUGUUGGCUAUCAAUGUGGACAGUCAUGUGUUCAGUUGGGGACACAACGAAAGUGGACAGUUAGGUAGGGAUGUGACCGAAAGUGGUGUGUAUUUAAAACCAGAAGAAAUAUUGUAUUUGAAUGACAAGAAUAUAAUACAUAUUAAAUACUUAGACGAGGGAGGUUAUGGUAAAGUGUAUCAAGCGGAAUGUAAACUGGAUAAUAAAAAAUACGCUAUUAAACGAAUAGAAUUAAACGAUAAAGAAAAAGAAAAAUUAUUAUCAGAAGUCCAGACAUUAAGUGUCUUACGAUCAGAAUAUGUGGUCCGAUAUUACGAUUCGUGGACUGAAAGCCAGUGUUUUUGUAUUCAAAUGGAGUUCUGUGCACAGAAUUUACAGAAAAUUCUUGGUGUAUUUGGUCGGCAUGAGGGGGAAGCUAUGGAUUGUGUCGAGUAUUUCAUUUCGUGUGAAAUAUUCCGUCAGAUCUUAGAAAGUGUUCAGUAUUUGCAUGAAUUGAAUCCACAGAUUAUACACAGAGACCUCAAACCAGAAAACAUAUUGAUUGACAUGAAUGUAGAGAACAGUAGGUUUAUUAAGUUAUGUGACUUAGGUUUGGCUACAGUUCACCACAAACUCAUUCACUACAGGACGACACAUAAACACACCGCAGAUGUCGGGGAUAUCAGAUAUAUAGCACCGGAAGUAACUCAGGGCAGGAAAUAUAAUCACAAAUGCGAUACCCAAACCGUAUUCACCAACAAAUACAGUCCUAAACGCACCGGUACUUAA